AUGCUUUCGGUGUCAACUAUGUUGCUCAUUUGUGGAGCAGCAGCUUCAAUUUUCAGCUCAACCGAACAAGAUUUGGCUGAAGAGGCUGAUCUCGUCUCAAUACACAGCAAAGAAGAGCAACGCUUUUUCCAAGGAUUGGUUCGUGAAAUGAAUCGUGACUGCUGGAUUGGAUUGAAGCUCGAGGCUCAUGGAUGGGUUUGGAGUGAUGGAAGUGCUUUGGAUUACGUGAAUUGGGAUGAGGGAGAACCAUCGAGCGGGAGCACCGAGAAAUGGGUUCAUAUGAGACCAUGGAACGGAAAGUGGAACAAUGUGGAAAGUGAUUACCAAGCACUCGUUGGAUGCAAGAAACCGGCCGGUAAAGGGACCAAGGAU